CGCCAGAACACCACCUGCAGCAGCAGCAGUGGCGUGGUUUGGAGACCGUUUGAGGAGCGGGGUCUUCCGGACAGAGAGCGUGCAAGAGAUAGAGACUUCACCACAGAGGUGCCCAGUGAUCAUGGCUCGAGGGACUGUGAGAGAAGGUGGUGCUGGUGGGUAGUGGGGCGUUUGGACCUCAUCAUGGUCACCACACUGGUCACCACCAUCAUCACCAACACGCAGGUCAUGCGCUGGCCGCGGCAGCUGAUGGAAGAGACCACGAAGGAGCCAACCUGUACCAGCAGCCCUUGCGUGUGUGUAACCGCAGCCUGCCGGCUGCCAUGAACACCCUGAUGGGACCUCACCAGGGGCUCGGGGCUCUGCCCGUCAACCCCCUCCUGUACAGUCUGCAGCGGGACAUCGCACAUCACCAGUCCGCACACACUCUGCCUGCGACCCGCAACUCUGGAUUCAAGGACCCUAAGUACCCCAGCGGCCCACCCCCAGGCCCUCUUUUCCACCCGUAUCGGAAGAACAGAAAAGUGUUCUCCCGCUCGCAGCUGCUGCAGCUGGAACAGGCAUUCGAGAAGAAGCACCACGUGGUGGGUCAGGAGCGCAAAACUCUCGCCAGCAAGCUACAGCUGACAGAGAGACAGGUCACAGUCUGGUUCCAAAACCGGCGCACGAAGCACAAGCGGAUGAAUACAAAAGAUGUGUUGUCUCCGCCCAAGAUCAGAUGUGCUUGUAGGAAACAUUACAUUAAAAACUCCCCUUGUUGAUCGACUUACUGUGAAGAUCGUGAAUGUAAUAAAUC